AUGCGUUAUAAGAGCAACAUCGGAAAGUUUCGGACACUGGAGUUCACAAUGAAAAGUUUCCUGCCGUCGGUAGUUUCUGUUCGCAGCAACGUCUGCACUGCACUGAGCGUGGAUCGCACCGUUGAGCAAGGAGCGAGUGGUGCCGAUGUCGUACUAGCCACCAUUGCCAAGAUUGAAAGUAGCAGAGUUUUCAAUUCCGACAAGCGACUACUGCGGAGGAUCGCGACGAGAGAACGACUGCCCACAUCGAGCGACGUCAGCCGUCAAGCUACCUUCUGGAGCAAGUAUUAUGGCACGGAAGGCAACGCCAAUAAGUUUAUUGCUGAUGUUCAACAGUUGAAAAUGGACGAAGGUUGCAACAUAAAAUCGGACGUUAUAUUUGUCCUCGAUUCCUCUGGAAGUAUAGGCAGAAGCAAUUAUGAAGAGGUUAAGCGUUUUGCACACGAUUUUGUCAAUGAACUUGAAAUUGGCCCAACAGAGAACCAGGUAGGAGUUGUAAUUUACAGCGAUAAUGGACAGACGGUGUUUUACUUAAACACUUACUCACGAAAAAGUGACAUUCUUGAAGCUAUUGAUGGAAUUUACUACUCUGGAAGAAAUACAAACACAGCUGAUGGACUUUGCCUAAUGCUGCGGGGUUUUAGUGAAGAGCACGGGGCACGACUGUCUGAAAGUAACGUGUUUCGCCUGGCUAUAGUUAUGACUGACGGACACUCAGCUGCUAUACCAGUUGAGUUUGGUGUCCUGAAUGGGACGCUAUCGAAGAAGGGAAGAGUUCGAUAUGAGCUGAAAGUGCCCCAAGACGGUGUCACUGUCAAACUGUGUGUAAACGGUUCCAUUGUCUACUAUGCAUCGCAGGCAGUCCCUAACCCUAAUGGAGCACUGAAUGACUACACUCAAACAGUUACUGGGACAGAUGCCUGCAAUGCUGCUUACAUUCGCCCAGUAUCAACUGAACAGCAGUCCCCCACACAGCAUCCUGGAGGCCAGACCAGUAGUGUUGAUGGAGGGUCCUCAGGUAAUACCAAUGUAACCUUCUAUUUGUCUCUGGAAGGAGUUCAAGAGAGAAAUCAGUUUGUAAUGGAGACUCUAAGGGGCGACCACACAGAGAAGGACCAGCCACAAGAUUGGCUAGUGGUGGUAGUAGCCACUAUGGUAACUGUGGGAGCUGUACUGUUGGUGGUUUUCAUUGUUGUUUUUCUGGUUGUCUUCUACUUCUGGAGGAGGAAACAGAUGCAAAAGGAUUGAACAGCCAACACAAAUGACUGUAGCCUCUAAGUUUUACAAAAACUGUCCUUGCUGCUUGCUUUAUAGUGCAUGCGCGUGUGAAUGACAUUGUCACCAGGAGUAUAAUUGGCUAUACAGGCUGCUUCCACUAUAAACCACCACACUA